AUACAUAUGUGUGUGAGAAUGUGGGAUAUUAUAUACAAGUGGUGCCCCACCGGUGCCCUUUUAAUUUUCGCUCCUGAGCUUCCAAAUGUCUGUGCACACCACUGGACUGGGGUGUUGUGGGAGGCCUGGGCUCUGUCAGUGUCCUGCUCCGGUCACUGUGGUCUGUGUCUGUCAUGGAUGUUAUUAUGGAUGUACUGACGCGUGUGCUGCGGCUGAUCUGCUGCAGUCCACCACUAGGCUUCCCCUCGGCCUAUCGCUGCUCCCACACACACGCGCUGACGACGAAACCCGGAAGCGCCGCGCCGCGCUGUGCUCUGCUUUGUUUUGUUUAAGUGACAGGAGUUGUAGGCGGAGGUCCAUCCGGGUGAGAGGCGCCCGACAGAUGGGGAGAGCGAAACUGAGGAUGGACGAUGACGGACCGGUAAAUGACGCCUGUAUAAUGCCGAGUUUCACCGGCUGCCUCGAGGAGGGGAGGGUGAAACUGUCCCGCAACCUGCCGACACAAAGUUCCCUCGCGGACAGCAAAGUUGAGCGCUCGGUCAGAGCUCUGAGUCGACGUGUCACCAGAGCAAACUCUCGGUUGUCACUCGACGAAGGUGAGAGGGCGCCGGAGGAGAGGAGCAGCGAGGAGGACAAGGAUGCGGAGAGCAACAACAAUAACAACUGCAACAGCGGAGGAGGAGAGAGGAGGAGGAGGAGGGCGAGCGCCGUGGAGAUUCUGAGGAGGAAUUUCGCGGUGGUUAAAUCUCCUUCUCUGCGUUUGAGCAGCAGCGGCCGGAUGCACCGCGACACCGAGCGUGAAAACCACCCGGGGAACGAUAACAACGACGCUCUUCACGGUCAUGGAAGUGAAUGUGGCGAAUGUGCAAAGUCAGACAGGGAUACGGGAGAAGCCGGGACUAAAAACGAACCAACCUUGAGCGAGUUAACGACUUCGGAUGCUGAUGUAGUUCAGUGCCAUCGUCUAUGUGACAAUGACGUCAGCACGGCGAGUCUAGACGAGUCUCUCCGUGUCAAAGAGCAUGUGUACUGCACUGUUUACUGCAUCGCCAACGACAUUCAUCACAGAGACACUGACACAACCUACGAUGAAACUGUCUCGUCUGACGAGCCGGACCUGGACCCUGAGGCCGGACCAGACGCGGAUUCGAGUCCGGAACCGUCUCUGUACACACUGGACGACCUGGGGGACCCUUUCGGGGACAUGGUCCAUCAGCUGUUCAAGGAGCAGGCUGAUGCGGAGAGUGCGACGCAGAGUUGCCGGGUGUGCCUCGAAGACAAAACCAUCGCACCUCUGCCCUGCUGCAGGAAGGCCGUGUGUGAUGAGUGUCUGAAACUCUACGUCAGCCCCCAGGUGCGAGUGGCCAAGCCUCACAUCAGCUGUCCUAUCCCGGAGUGCAGUGGUUACCUGGAGGAGGGGCUGGUGAUUUCCCACUUGGCCAACGAGGAUGUGGCAAAAUAUCGUUACUUUUUGGAGUUGAAUCAGCUGGAUUCCAGCACCAAGCCGUGCCCCCAGUGCCGUCAGUUCACCUCUCUGAAGAAGCACAACAGUAACCACACCGAGCAAAAGUACAAGAUCCAGUGUGGUAAUUGCCAGUUUGUAUGGUGUUUCAAAUGCCACGCGCCCUGGCACAACGGCAUCAAAUGCCGCGAGUACAGGAAAGGAGACAAGCUGCUACGAACCUGGGCCAAUGUAAUCGUACAAGGACAAAGAAACGCCCAAAAGUGUCCACAGUGCAAGAUUCAUAUCCAGCGAACAGAAGGAUGUGACCAUAUGAGUUGCACACAGUGUAACACAAACUUCUGUUACCGCUGUGGCGAGCGUUAUCGACACCUAAGGUUUUUCGGGGAUCAUACAUCAAACCUCAGCGUUUUUGGCUGCAAGUAUCGCUAUCUGCCCGAUAAACCUCAUCUGAGACGGCUAAUUAGAGGCUCUGUCUGCGGCGCUAAGGUGCUGAUAGCUCCAGUGGUCAUUCUGCUGGUGGUGGUGCUGGGAGCCCUCGCGUUGGUGAUAGGUUCGGUGGUUUUCCCUGUCUACUAUGUGUGUAAGAGGAGGAAGAAGCAGCGCACUCAGGGCUCUGGACGAUGGAUAUAAAACCCUGUCCUCUACAUCCAGGCUUCACACACACACACACACACACACACACACACAGCUGGAAACGAUGACGCCCCCACAUUUCCUCAGGGACAGACACGCCAUGCUGAGUCAUCGCACGAGUCUGAGAAGAACAUCAGAGCGUGUGCAAUUAGUGAGGACCAGGAUAUUCAAAAAAACGGAAAUAAAAAAACAACAACCCUGACAUUGACGUUGAAUUCAAGAGGAAACCACCGACUUGUUUCAGUGCUGGUCACAAUAUUGAUGAUAAGUGUUUGAAUCCUUUAGGACUCAACAUUUCACAGCAGUGAGGACAUGGCACAGUAGGUUUCGCUGCCUUUCAGUGUCAUAUUAAGCAAGAGGAGGCAGAUUCGUUUACAUCUGCACUUGUUGAUGGAGAUCACUGAUGAACAACCUGGAAAAGUGCAAGAAUUGGAAAAAUCUGGAGAAAGCCAUGUUAGAGAAGGGAAUUCUCACUGAUGCAAAAAGGACUGACCAUUCUUUUUAUUUUAUUUUUUAUUUUUUAUUUUUCCCCUCCUGAUGGAAACUCACUUUUCAUUGACAUCCAAACCUUUAAGUUUUGGGAAGCGUGCACUAUGAAACGCCAAAUUAAAAGCCUAAACUUCAUGGGAGGAUCAUGGAAGGAGGAUCUGGUAUUGUUAUUCGGAUUUACACUGGAUAAUGUCUGACUCGGGCCUGAUCUCAAGUUCUUGCUAGAAAGGUUAAGAGUUUUUCUAAAUGCGUUUGGCAUUCGGCACACUCACUCGUUAAUGACACUUUUGUCUGGUUGAGGAUUUCCAUCAUCUCCUCCCUUUAAUCUCUCUAACUGUCCUUUAGUUCUUCCAUGGUUGGGGCGAUAUGGCCUGAAUGGUAAUCACAAUAUCAUUUUGAAACUAGUAACUGUGGACACAAUUCUGAAGUACAACAUCCAAGGCAGUUAUCUAUAGUAUAUAGAUAUCUCAAUGUGUGGUGUUUUCCCCAAUGCAUACAACAUUAUAGUGAUAUAUAUAUAUGUAUAUAUAUAUACAUAUAUAUAUAUAUAUAUAUAUAUAUAUAUAUAUAUAUAUAUUGUUAUAUGACGAUUGAAGAAAAUUAUAUUGUGAUAAUUAUCAAUAUUGCUUUGUCGCCCCCUGCUGUAGCUCCUCCUCCUCCCUUCCUGGCUGGAUCAUGGCUCUCACACACACACACACACACACACACUGUCUGUCUGGCAGCUCUUCCCUGCUGUACUCGCAUAACUGUGUGCCAGUAUCUGCACCCUGAAAAAAGGACGAGCGGCUAUGCAGUAACUGUGCCAAAACAAAAACGCUGAACGUGACAGGACAGACAGUUGACCCUCCCCCUUUUGUUAGCUUUUUCAUUCAUUCAUUCAUUCAUUGUCUUUAUGGUCGCUUUGUCCUCCGCAGGAGGGUCACGGGACGCUGGAGCCAAUCCCAGCUGACACAGGGCGAAAGGUGGGGUGCACCCUGGACAGGUCGCCAGUCCAUCGCAGGGCCACAAAUAGAGACAGACAAUUCACUCACUCACUCCAGUUAACCUCCGCUAGCCACUACUCCACCGUGAUUUGUUUUUAGAGGGUCGCUCCUUUUACAGAGGUGUGGGUGAUGCUGCUGUGAGUCUGCACAGGAUCACACACACACACACACACGUUGCAAGCGUGUUUAUGCACGAGACAGAACGGAAGCCAUUCCGAACCGCUUUUCAGCUAAAUGUUGCGAUAGAUGCACAGAAGACAGUGUUCAGGUUUGUUGUUGUGUGGGUUGGUAGUUUGCCGAAAGGGUAACCUGGAUGCUGAAAACAUUUUUCAAUAUAUUAUAAAGGCUUUGAGGGUCUGUGUCAGGUUGCUUUGCAGUUUGGAGUUUGGAUGUAAAUCGUAAGAUGAUUUAGUUCUUAAGCUUUGAGGGAAUUAACGUGUGAGGUUUUUGAUUUUGAAGUGCAGAGGAUUUCUCUCUGAUUGAGAGGUUGGAGAGUGGAGUGACAUUGUGGAUUUUAUCUUACACACACACACACACACCAAGCUACUCAUACCCAUAGGCACUAAAACAAACAUAAAUGUGCGAUGCUGCCAGGAAUCAGGAGAUAUCCAAGUCAUCAUGUGACAGCAACCAGCUCACUAUCCUCCUUCUAUCUAUCUAUUCUCUCUUCUCUUUUCCUCUCUUUCAUUAUGUUUUCCAUUGAGCACUCACUGGGCACUUUGUUGUCCAGCCGGUCCUCCGAGGUGUCACUGCAUUUACAUUUCUCUGACCUCUGCCGUGAAAAGAUGCUAAAAAAAAAGCUGACGGUUACAUUAUGAAUGGCUCGAUUGAGGUAAAAAUGAGCGCUCAUCCGCUGCAGCUAAGGGGGAAAAAGCCAUCCAGACUGGAUGCUUUAAAGCCUCUGAUAUAUGAAAAUAACACAGAGCAGAAGUGUGGCGCACACUGCAGUCAAGUACAUCAGUCACAGACAUUUGUGUGUGUGUGUGUUUUUAUCCCACCCACUCUAUGGAUCUAUCUUUUUUUUAUGUUCCUCCUUAAUGGAAAGUCUAUGAACACGUUCAAUGGAGACGACUAAAUGACAACAGAAGACGAGGAGAAGCACAGAAGUGACGCUACGGCACAGAGGGAAGAGAUUGCUGUGUGUGUUUUCAUGAAUGCAUUUUUUAAAAAUCCGUUGUGUUUACCGGUGGAAUAUAUCCCGAGCGUUACAGCAUGUUUCACUUCUGAAUCUUUGCUAAAGCCAGGAUUUAAAGUAUGAAGGAAAAGCAGGUGCUUUGUUCCUGCACAUAAUGGGACAUUUCUGCAGUGCAAUGCCAUUCGCUUGGCUUUAUUCCAGGGAUCUGAAACAUUUUCUAGGAAAUAAUGAAUAAACUGCUGUCUAGUACAGUACAGUCAAACUGUACAUGCAAGGAUUUCUGCAGUCCUUUGGUUCCUGGGUGUGGGUUUGAAUGCUGUCUCAGGAAGCCCUGUUCUCUCCUCACUGUACCCAGAGCUCUCCAUCCACAUGAGCUGUGCCACCAGAAAUCGAUGAACAGCCUCAGUGGUUCAAGAUACUUCCUGAUGCAUUCGCUCUGAGCUGCUUAGCAACCAUUUUUAAUUCCAGUGUCAAAAAAAAACAAAACAACCAGAUCCAGAUAUCAGCCUGUGUUUCUCUGUGUGACUAAGCCGUGUCGUGGAGGUCAAGGCGAAUCAGCUCUGGGAAACCGAACGAGUUAAGUUUGGCGCCAAACAAAAUGUUGUUGAAAGUAUCUACGCAUCUGUUGAAAUGUUUUAUUGCACAAUGUGUUUUAUGUAACUGCUUGGUUAGCACUACAGUGACAUGUGACUGACUGACGGACGGGAGCGUGGUGGAUAUUUGUACUUCAGAACAGAGGAAUGUAUCAACAGAGGGGGGGAAUUUAGGUUCAUUUACUUUGGGCUGUUGUUUUCUAAUUUUUGUAUUGCAUGCUACCACUGAAUUUAUCCUUAUUCUUUGCCAAAGAAUCAACAAAUGUCAUUUUUUUGACGACUGAUUAAUUGUUUACAUGAUUUAUCAGGAAAAAGGAAUGCCCAUAAUUUGGUCAGAUGAGGUUAAAAGCUUCCUGAUGAA